UGCAAGUCGUUUAAUAAUUAACAAUGAGUAACAAGACUGGUAACACAGGUGAAGUAGAUCCUAUACAGGAAGAGCUAGCUGGUCGUGUACGAGAAGUUGGAAACCAUGCAAUUUGGAGUUUAUCCAGUUGUAAGCCUGGUUUCGGUGUAGAUCAGUUACGUGAUGAUAUCACAGAGACUUACUGGCAAUCUGAUGGACAGCUUCCACAUUUAGUAAACAUUCAGUUCAGAAGAAAGACCACAAUACGUGAUAUAUGUAUAUAUACAGAUUAUAAGCUAGAUGAAAGUUAUACCCCUAGUAGGAUAAGUAUCAGAACAGGCACAAAUUUCAAUGACCUUCAAGAGAUAGAAGUAAUGGAUUUAAAUGAACCAAGUGGUUGGGUUAUCAUUCCCAUAAAGGAUAUAAAUGAUAGACCUAUCAGGACAUUUAUGAUACAAAUAGCUGUAAUAAGCAAUCAUCAGAAUGGACGAGACACACAUAUGAGGCAAAUUAAAGUUUAUAGCCCAACACAAGAUGUUCUGGGACCACCUGCAUCCUAUAUUACAGGCCAAUUUCUUACAAAUGAAUUCUUACGUUAUGCUACAGUGAGAUAAAGUAAUAAAAAUUUGCACAAAAAGAAAUAUCUGUAAUAGUAAAUAUAAAUUCCUUUU